CCCAUGGUUCUGUACUCUCUCAGUCGCUCCGACUCGGGAACCAGAGCAUCAGCGGAGAUAGCUGCCAGUGUUUCGCCUCAGCAACUAACUCGCUUUCAGCUUUGGUUCAGCAUGGAAACUUCUACGAUCUCACGGAGCCGGCGGUGCUCCAUUGCGCACAAUAUUAAGAGUGGUCUCUCACUGUGGCUGGUCGUCUGGUUGGUAGUGGUGAAACCUGCUCCCGCUCAGGGCUGCCCGCACCUCUGUGUGUGUUACCCGUCCCCCAUGACGAUCAGCUGCCAGGCACAGAAUCUGACCAUCGUACCGGCGGGAGUGCCCGACGAGUCACAGCGCGUCUUUCUGCAGAACAACCGCAUCACUGAGCUGAGAGUGGGCACUUUUGGCUUUGGAACUCAGGUCCUCUGGCUUUUUUCCAACAACAUCACCUGGAUUGAGUCUGGUGCCUUCAGUGAAAUGCGUGACCUGGAAGAGCUUGACCUGGGUGACAACCCUCACCUGCGCCGUCUGGAAGGGGGUGCCUUCCGUGGCCUGGAGAAGCUGCAGAGCCUGCACAUGCACCGCUGCAGGCUGGCGGCUCUGCCCCACGACAUCUUCCACAAGCUGUACAGCCUCCAGAUCCUCUACCUGCAGGAGAACCACCUGCACUUCCUGCAGGACGACCUGUUCUCUGACCUCAUCAACCUGAGCCAGCUCUUCCUCCACGGCAACCGCAUCCGCACCCUGUCCGAGAACGUGUUCCGGGGCCUGGUCAACCUGGACCGGCUGCUGAUCCACGACAACCGCGUCCGUCAGGUCAACCGCCGCGCCUUCCGUGACCUGGGCCGCCUCACCAUGCUCUAUCUCUUCAACAACUCCCUGGCGGAGCUGCCCGGUCAGGCGAUGCGCGACAUUGACUCCAUCGAGUUCCUGCGUCUCAACGCCAACCCCUGGUCCUGUGGCUGCGAGGCCCAGGCUCUGUGGGAAUUCUUCCGCGCCAACCGCAUCUCCAGCUCCGAGCUCAUCUGCGCCUCCCCUUCCCCCCGCCGCGGCCAGGACAUGCGUUUCCUGCGAGAGAUGGACUUCGCCCUCUGCCCGCUGCCCGAUCCCGGCUCCCUGGCUGGCAGCACCACCACCACCUUCAGCACCAAGACCCGCUGGUGGUUCUCCAAGCACAAGCCCGUGUCCUCCUCCAAGGGCAUCUUCGAGAAGAGUUCCGAGACCGUGAAGGCGUUCCCCUUCAAUGGGGGCAAGCCCACGUCGACCAAGUACGAGACCAAGUACGAGUUGAGCGAGGAUGAGGCCCUUCUCCCCAAGCUGGACCCUGAGGAGUACUGGGCCAACUACGGCAACGAAGACGCCGGUGCCACGCUGCGCUGCUUCGAGCUCGAUUGUGCGACCGACUUCGACGUCUUGCCACCCUUCUCCUCGGCAUCCUUCUCCUCUGUCACCUCCCGCUCCUCCCUCCUUCAGCUGCUCUCCCUGUCUCUCCUCACUGUGUCCAUCCAUCUUCUUUUUGGCUGAGUCCAUUGCCCCCAACAUGAACAGUCAUCCUUGUCCCUUACAGGGACUCCUGUUUACGCCCUCUCUCUUCUAAUCACCCGCACUCUUCUCAACAUCUUCUGCCAGACUGUUGUAUCUCUGUUCUGUUCAGUUUGAGCCUCUAGGCCUCCUGGGCUCUAGGGGGCACUACACUGAUAGAGGAUACGUCUGGGGAAGGAGGGGGUUUUGGGUAGAUACCCUUGCAGAUUGUGCCAUUGCAUAGCUGCAAGGGGAAAUGUAUUGAUUCAUAAUCUCAGCCGGUACUGUUAGUGAAAGUACUGUGUUUACUUUUACCUGGUGACGUGUUUAUACUC